AUGCGAUGCACCUCGCUGACACCUUUUUCCACAGAUGUCAUUGAAACGUUCUUCGACUCCCGCUUGGAUCUUUUCAACCGCCGCCUCAAAGCUCAAUCCAGCCGGCUCAAGAACCGCGCCGUCGAACUCUUGCCUAAAGGCCUGCGCACGCCUAAAGGAGGUGGUAUAUUGCUGUUGGAUGAGGAAGAGGAAGAAGACUCGGAUGAAAAGGCGGAGAGGGUGAACCCUGCCGACAAGUACAGGAGGGAUGUGGAAAGAGAAGUGGACAGAAUCAAAGUCAAGCUUGCUGCCAAAGUCACUCACUUGUCAGCUACUUGGCGCUCAGACCAAGUCAUCCGUACCAGGGACAAGGUCUGCUUUCUGUUUGGUGUGCUAUCAUUGGCCUUCACUGCUUUCGUCUACGGCAGAUGUCCAGAAUGGUUACCUGUGGCGUACACUGUGCAAGCGGCAUUCUAUCUACCCUUGAGAAUCUAUACGUACAAGAAGAAGGCGUUCCACUACUUUUUGUUUGGUGAUCUCUGUUACUUUGUCAACGUUCUCGACCUUCUCUGGAUCUGGAUCUUCCCCUCUUCCACUACUCUUUUAAUUGCCUCUUACCUCCUCACUCUCGGUCCCCUCGCAUCCGCCAUCAUCACCUGGCGUAACUCCCUCGUCUUCCACUCCAUUGACAAAGUCACUUCCAUAUUCAUCCACAUCUACCCACCAAUAGUGUUGACGGUGAUCAAGCACAUGUACCCCGGGAGGGAGGAGAGGUUCCCGGGUCUGCAGGGCGUGGAUGAUUGGAGUUGGUACGGGAUGAUUCUGGUGGCGGGCGGUCCAUACAUUAUCUGGCAAGCGACCUAUUACAAGUUUAUUUCUAUUGACAGAAAGACCAAGAUCGAGUCUGGGCAGCGAGAGACAUCUUUCCACUAUAUGCUCAAUGACAAACGCGGCCCCAUUGGCAAAGCCCUCAAGGGUGUACCAGUAGCCCACCGUGAACUAUGGUUCAUCUUUGGCCAACUCAUCUACUCCAUCAUCUUCAUGAUCCCACCCGCCGCCUUGCUCAUUCACUCUGCCAACGCUUCCUACAUCUUCAUCGUCCUCAUCUUUGCGGCGAGCACGUGGAACGGAGCGAGCUUCUAUGUGGAAGUGUUUGGACGAAAGUUUGAGAGAGAGUUGGAAAAGCUGAGAAAGGAGAUGGAGGAGGCUAGUCGGACGUUGACGCCGGGACCGGGGUCAACUCCCGCUGAGCAGACUUCGCCCGCGUCAACUUACGCUACCAUCUCGCCUUCUCCCACCCCGCCCCCGGAGAAGGAAAAAAGAAAGAUCAAGAAAGACGACGAGCUCGCAAACAGCCCGUUAGUUUUGCCGGGGGCGCGAAAGAGUGAGACGGCGGGCGAGAUGGAGGUGCCGGAGAUGGUGCUGGGGAAAGCUGUUGAGGAAGCAGUCGGAGAGAGUGAGGGCGUGAGGCAAAGGAGGUCUUAG